AUCUUAUUAACAGUUAACAUCUCAACGAAGCUUCUUUAGCUAAAAGAGAGCGACUGAUAAUUCUGUGAACCCUAAAAAAAAAAUAAUAAAACAUAUUCUUUUACUGCUUACUUUAAUGAUUUAAUCUUCCAAUUGCAGGAGGAGGAGAAAAGACUUAAUCUAACUAACACAUCAUCACCCAAAAUGAAUAAUUACUAUUAUUUAAAUAUUAUUAAUGGCUUAGUAGUCCUUAAUUCUGCAACAAAAAAAGCAAACAAGAAAACAAAAAAAAGAAUACUUUAAAGAAAGAUACAGAGACAGACAGAGAUGAUGAUGAUGGAAAUCUCAGGAGUUCCUCCUGAUCUAUGUUUGCAAAUCUUCUGCAUUGCUGUUUUUAUUACUCUUAGUUUGAUUUAUGUUUUUAGUAGUAAUAGUAGUAAUGAUAACUCUGAAUCAAAGACCUUUGUUUAUAUACCUGAUGAUGAUGAUGAAGAAAUCAAUAAUAAUACUAUUAAUGAUGGUGAUAGAGGAUCGAGAAAUGGAAAUAAUAAUAGUAUUAAUCAGAUUAUUACGAUUACGAGAACGAUUCGUGAUUGUUGUAGUGUUUGUGGCGAUACAGCAAAUAGUCGGUGUUCUAGAUGCAAAGCAAUUCGUUACUGCUCACGGGAUUGUCAAAUACAGCACUGGCGGGCUGGUCAUAAAUUAGAAUGCAAAGAAGAUUCUUCACGGACUAGUUGCAAUGAAAGAAAACCUUCAGUAUACAUGGAUACAAUUUGCUCGUAUCAGCAGUCGAGAAAGGACGAAGCUUCGGUGGAAGAGAAAGGGCCGUCAGAAAGAAAUUUGGUUGAGGAAUUAAAGAUUGUUGAAGAGUGCCCAAUCUGUAUCAGCAGAAUUCGACUUUCUAAACAAAGCCGGCCAUCUGUUUCAUGCGAUACUUGCAAACACAAAUUUCAUUUGAGUUGCAUCUCCAAGUGGUUCUCAAUCUCUAAGAAUUCAAUAUGCCCGUUAUGCGGAUGUAAAUUCAAACCAGGAGGUUUGCUGCAACUAACUGCAGCUAAGAAAUCCUAACACAAAAAUGUUACCUGCUCCUUUACAUUACCAUGCAUGAUAACCGAUAGUAAGGUAUGUGCUACACAUUUUUUUGAUUGCUGUACAGAUUUCACAGUCAUGGUCGAAAAGAAAGAAAAUAUUGAAAGAAGAAAAAAAUUAGAAAAAAUAGAAACAAUUCCUCAUUGUUGAUAAAGAAUUUCGUAUCUUGUUUUGUUCAAGCGUGUGGUUCUAGUUGUAUAGUUUCUUUAGGUGACUGGAUGAAUUACUGAUUCAUACUAGUCUGGUUGUGGUUCGACUUGUGUGUAAAGGUUAUGAUUUUAGGGACUUGUACAGUCCUGAUUAACUCCAUCUUUAAGGGGGGUCAAAGAAUCGUGCUCUCUUUGAAAUAGGUUGUAUUGUAUGAAGUUGUAGAGAAUUCACAAGCAUUUGCAGAUAUGUCAGGUUUUCUCGCGUUAUACAUA